GAAAUGUGCAGUGUUGCAGCAGCAAAGGUGGUAGUAAAAAUAAAUGUAUUAACAUCAGUAAAUAAAAGUAAUAAAUAGGUAAACAUGCCAUACAAACACAAGGAAAUGUGAAAAAAAGUAGAACUCAUACAUACAGUGUAGGCAGAAUAUAUACAGUGAAACAGGGAUGCACAUCAGAUAAUGGAGUUGCACCGAAAGACAGCGAGUGUUGCACAUUAAAUUCAGUUGAAGCUGAGACAUCAGCGUUGACUCUGCCACGCUCCAUCACAUCUUCAUGUGGUGUACAAAAGGUGCGACACCCAAUCGUCUCGUUUGAUCAGACGACAUGGACAUACCUGUGUGCAGCCUGACCUCGGAGUGUGACGAGAAUCCUUCCAACCGUCCCACGCGGCUCCUCUUCAGGAUGGGGACACGCCCACCGCGGAGCAGAGCCGCUUCCCGUCCUCCUCACCCGGCGACCACGCACCAUGUCGACCACCGUGAAGAGCCUCAAAGUCACCUACGACCCCGUCAACGAGAAGAACACCUUCGUCUCUGGCGACCUGGUCGCCGGGCGGGUCGCUCUGGAGGUGGCCAAGGAGUGUCAGAUAGACUCCCUAUUGAUCAAGUUUAAGGGCAAAGCGGAAGUCUUGUGGACGGAGAGGCACGGCCAGACCACCGUCGUGUACCACUCCAAGGACAAGUACUUCAGCCACAAACACUACUUCAUCCGAGGCAAAGAUGUCAAAGACGAUGACAGCGAAACACUAUUGACAACUCAGCAUGGAGAUACAUACAGCAGUGUUGUCUCCCCAGGCUGCCAUGUCUACCCAUUUUCCUUUCAGGUUCCUGACCAGGAUAUGCCGUCCUCUUUUAAGGGUUCUGUUGGUAAAAUUGUGUACUUGCUGGAAGCCAAGCUGAGCAGAUCAAUGAGGAUUGCCAAGAAAGAUUCGACCAAGAUCAACUUUGUUACAAAAGCAGACUUCAUCGGCGACCCUGGGCUCAUGACUCCGCAGCACGAUUCUAAGGAUAAGAAAAUGAAGUUUUUCACAUCAGGAACAGUAGCCAUGGACGUAGAUAUUGAAAAAACUGGUUUCUUACAAGGAGAAGGAUUAAAGGUUCUGGCCCACAUCCAGAACAACUCCUCUCGUGAAAUCAAGCCCAAGUACUGUGUGUACCAAAAGCACAGCUUCUUUGCAAACGGGAAGAGAAGAGUGAAUACAAAAGACCUCAUUAAAGAGGUGGGAGACCCCAUCCCUCCUUCUGCAAGCGAAAAGGUCACAAGGGUGAUCACCAUUCCCCAUGAUUUUGAGCCCUCCAUCCCCAACUGCAGCAUCAUCAAAGCCGAAUACAGACUCAGGGUCUACCUGGAUGUCAAAUAUGCUUCAGACCCAGAGAUCAAAUUUCCCAUAGUCAUCUUGCCGGUCACUGAGGUUCCUGCUGUGGCACCACCACCUGCUGCUGCUGGCUUUUCGUCUGGAUUCCCGAGUGCAACAUUCGGGACUCCAGACCCAGCAGCCUGGGGCGUCGCACAACCACUGCCACCAACUGCACCUCAAGCUUUUGAGCCCCCUCCUGCCUAUGGAGCACAUGGGAUGUACCCUCGUCUGUCGGAUUUUGGCAGCAAGUAUAAGUGACGGGACUGAUAAAUAUAGAGUUAGUAGUUAGUAGUAGUUCUAGAGUUAGAAAGGAGAGUUACAAUUUUAUGCUUUUAUGAAAUUAUUAAUCUAGAGUGCAUUGCUUUCAUUGGUACGACUUUCCACAACUUUUAAAUGUCAAACCAUAGCAAAUUAUGGGCAAAGUGCCCUGUAGUGAAACAAGUUACCUCCUUUGAUCACAGCCUCAAUAUAUUUACUGCAGGAAGUGAGAUUUUUAAAAGUUUUUGGGGGGGUUAGGGUUAGGGUUAGCCUGGUGGUAGACACCACCACUAUCUGCUAUUAUGGUCCAAACAUUUCUCUUUCAAGUGAAGGGAAUUUUAUCGUGCAAAUGUGAUUGAGCCAUUUUAAUGUCAGUCUUUGAGUGAUUUUAUCAUGUGUUUGAUUGUAUUGAUUGUUAUCCGUUACAUUUCUCUGGGAAAAAUGCUUUUUGAAAUAAACCUCAGACUAUUA